AAAUCCAGUCUGGCAACAAACUGGUGCUGGCCAUCACCACUGAAGCCUGCCAGGGGAAGGACAACUUUGUCCGCUACCUGGAGCACGUUCAGGCAGUGGUCACCGUCAACGCCAGCCGCCGCGGCGACCUCAACAUCAACAUGACUUCGCCCAUGGGCACAAAGUCCAUCCUGCUGAGCAGAAGGCCCCGCGACGACGACUCCAAGGUGGGUUUCGACAAGUGGCCCUUCAUGACCACGCACACCUGGGGCGAGGACCCCCGCGGGACCUGGGUCCUGGAGGUGGGCUUUCAGGGCGAGGAACCACAGCGCGGAGUCCUGAAGGAGUGGACUCUCAUGCUGCACGGAACACAAAGUGCCCCUUAUAUAGACCAGAUAGUACGUGAUUAUCAGUCCAAACUCGCAAUGUCCAAAAAGGAGGAGCUGGAGGAGGAGCUGGAUGAGGCUGUAGAGAGAAGUCUCAAGAGCUUGCUGAGUAAAAACAACUAAAUUCCCAUCUGCAUGUUGCCGACUCCUUCACUCUUAUCUUUCUCCCUCCCCGCAGUCUCGCUCUAUCCUUCUCUAAAUCGCCUCAGUUCUUCUCAGUCUCUCAUCAUCCUCCCUUUUGUCUACCUCUCUUCACUUUGCUUUUUGUUAUCAAGUGUUUCAAUUAGCCCCCAACCUUCAAUGAAUGUUUCUUGUAAUCCAGUCAUGAUAAAAAGUGUAACCUUUAAUAAUCUGUUCUACAUAGACAAAGAAAACUCUAUCACCUGGAUUUUUACACUCAACAGAACUGUACAUAAAGCAAAUAUAAUCCACUCUCUCAUGCUCUUGCUUUAACUGCCCUGCACCUCUCUUCUGCCAACUGUUGUACAGUUUGUGACUGUAAAUGAUUUUCUGUGUCAUUCUACUUAAAGUUUAAUAUCUUGCAAACAGAGCAGUGAUACUUCUUUCCGUUUAUAUUUUUAUGUGACAUGCACUGUUUAUAUAUAAACAAGGAGAGGAAUAUGUGAUUCAUUUUGCAGCCUGUGGUCCUCAGUUCAUAUUUCAUAAUCUUUGACAUAUGCUAUAAUAAAUCUAUUCAGCUGUUUAUUAAAGCACUGGAGUGAUUUGCAACACA